AUGCAGAUAUGUCUACGCCCUAGAAAAAAUGUGGAACUGUCUGACGGCGACUUUCUUCAUAUCACCGACAUUAUUCGCAACUCCAAAACCGAUCAAGUCAAAUUGCGAGGUCUUCGAUACCAGAGAUGCCAUUCUAUGAAUGCCAUGCUCGAAAAGAAGCUAAACGAGCUGUGUUUGUUUUAUGAGAUUGAUCUCGAUGAUCCACGCAAGCCGCCUGAGCAGGGCGCUGUGGAGGUCUCCAUCGAUAAAGUAAAGGCCUUACGCAACAUCCGCCGAACAAACCAGAAAAGGACCUUGGAGAUCUUCAAAGAAGAUGAAACCACUAGUGGAUAUGGAGUUUCGGAUGAUCUGAGACGUUUUCAAUGGAGGGGAGAAACAAUUAUGGGAGGAUCAUAUCAGCCUGCUGUUACAGAGCAGAACUUCUCAUCCCCUGAUUAUCGAUCAAGUCAUGGCUCUGCAACCAGAUCUGUCGGUCAAAUGCUCACUUUUGGUGACGCAUUCUGCGGUGCUGGCGGAGCAACUAGAGGAGCAGUUAUGGCGGGUUUUAAAGUCAAGUGGGGUUUUGACUUUUGGGAGCACGCAUGUACAACAUGGAAGACAAACUUCCGCAAUGCAGCAUGCUAUCACAUGGCAUCUGAAAAGUUUGUUAGUAUGGCUCACGGUUCCAAGGACUGUGCGUCAGUUGAUGUAAAAGUUGAUGUGCUGCAUCUUUCACCACCCUGUCAAUAUUUCUCUCCUGCUCAUACCGUCAACGGUGCCGAUGAUGAGAUGAAUACUGCCAGUCUCUACGCAGUCCUUGAAGUCGUCAAGGUAGCAAAGCCGAGGGUGGUCACACUAGAGCAGACCUUUGGGCUACUCGCGGCGAGAUUUCGAUGGUACUUUGCUUCUCUCAUCCAUAUGUUCACAGCUCUUCAAUUCUCUGUGCGGUGGGCUGUUGUGCCCUUGGCCAAAUGGGGUCUACCACAAAGAAGAUAUCGUCUGAUAAUCAUUGCGGCUUGUCCAGGCGAGAUCCUCCCCAAGAUGCCCAUACCAACCCAUUCCGAUAAUGAAGAAGACGGACUGAAGCCCUUUGUCACAGUCAACCAGACACUGUCAAAGAUUCCCCAUAAUGCACCUGACCACGACCCUGAACGAUUCCGCUUCGCUGACGGCCGCUCCAUGAGACCCUGGAAUGGCGACAAGAUCCUCCCACGAACGAUGACCACGAGCGGAGGCCAGAACUACCAUCCUUCUGGUACUCGAGAUUUCACGCUGAGAGAGUACGCAUGCUUACAGGGAUUCCCUCCAAAUCAUGUGUUCCUGGGAUGUGGUGUCAAGAAACAGAUCGGAAAUGCGGUACCACCUUGUGUCGCUAAGGUAUUAUUCGGGUCGAUUAAGAGGGAUUUGGAUGAAGCGGACGGAAUUGUGGAGGAUCAUGAAAGCAUAUUGAUUGACUGA